ACCUUCCCAGGGAAUGAUGAGCACAGGCUCCACUCUGCUCUGGGAAGCUGAUGAGGGACAGAUCUGCCCGAAAUUCCUGCAGGAUCUGGGAGCUGGGACUCAUCAGCAGCGCCAACAAUGGAAGCAGUCCCUGCAGAUUUUGGCAAACGCGUGUACCAAGGGGUGCGAGUGAAGCACACGGUCAAGGAUCUCCUGGCUGAAAAGCGAUCCCGGCAGAGCAGCGGCUCCCGCUUCAGCGGCAGCACCAGCACAGCACAGUCACCCUUUGGCCAAAUGCCAGGCUCACCCCCCAUGUCUGGGUACUACGGCGUCCGCAGAUCCUUCCCGGCUGAGCUGGAUUUCCACGGCACCAAGCAGUUUGUCAGCGACACCUACCCCUCCCCUCUGGGCUCCAGGCCCUUCUCCUGCGACUCCUCAGCCCCCCAGGGCCACCCAGCCCUCCUGGAGCCCUAUCUCAGUGAGCAGUUUGGGGAUCACCGUGCUGCUCCUCCUCUCCCAGCUCCCACCAGCUCCUUCUUCAGCGCCCCGGCCGUGCCCCCUCUGCUGCCAUCCUUCCCCAGUGACACGGGGCACUUCCUGCUCAGAGAGCCCUGGGAACAGCCCUCACCCGAGAGCCUUGGCCAGCCUGACAGUGCCUGCUCAGAGCCUCUGCAGGCGCUCCCUGCCAGCUCCAGCUGCCUCUCCCUGCCCGAACCCGGAGCUGCUUCCCCGUUCCGAGGCUCAGGUUGGACCCCAGCCCUCCCUGGAGCCCAGCUCUACCCUCUGCACCCCCUUGAAGACACCCACUACUCCCCCAGCUAUGCUGCAACCUCGCCCUACAGCCUGUCCCCGUUGGUGGCCGGCGAGCCCUCCAGGAUGAGCCACCUGUGCCCAGAGCCACCCUCGGAGCCACCACACCUUCCCGAGCACUCUGCCUGGGCCAAAGAGGAUGGAAGUGCCCUCUGGGGGACUUAUGAAGGCAGGAGAACUUAUUGAGGAGAGAGAAGAGCUGGAGGAAAGAGAAAUUGAUCGUUAUAAAGCAAAUUUUACGUUCCUUCCUGUGGUGGUGUUUGCAGGGGUCCCAGGACGAGGAAGAGAUGAGAAUCCUGACUCCAUGUUCCAAAAGGCUGAUUUAAUCUUUUAUGAUAUAGAUUAUAUUAAAAGAAAAUGAUAUAUUAAAACUAGACUAAAAGGAUAGAAGAAAAGAUUUCAUCAGAAAGCUAGAAAAGAAAAGAAUGAUAAAAUCUUGUGACUGCUCACAGCCUUGACACAGGUGGCUGUCAUUGGUCAUCAAGUAAAAACAUUUUCACAUAUGCUAAGUAAACAAUUCUCCAAAUCACAUUCCAAAGCAGCAAAACAUGGAGAAGUUGAAGCUUCCCAGCUUUUCAGAAGAAAAGAUUUUUCAGAAAAUAUGUCUGUAACACCUUCCUAAAACUGCUCCUUCAGGCGAGAUGCUUUGUGCUCUGGUUAGAAACACAAUCCCUGGACACCAUACUUAGCUCAGGGUGCUGACUUCUGGUGUCUCCAGAAAGGGAUUCCUCCCAGCCCCACAAGUAAAA